AUGAAAGCGGUUCUCUUACAUCAUCACUGCCAUUCUACCACAAAUCACAAAUGCAUGCCUCAGCCUUGCCUAUAUAUAUAUAUAUAUACACCCCACACUUCCACUAUCCCCAUACAAACACAAUUGUGUAUAUAUAUUUCUCUUUCAAAAAAUGGCUUCAACCGCCACACGCUCAUCCCUCUCCGUUAUCUUCCUCCUCCUCCUCCUCUGGGGUGUUUCCCGGCACACCAUUGAGGCCCGGGAGCCGUUCGCUUGCGACCCAAAAGAUGCAACGACAAGGAACUUGCCGUUUUGCCGGGUUUCACUGCCAAUACCAGAAAGAGUGAAGGACUUUAUUGGAAGGUUGACGCUGCAAGAGAAGGUUAGCCUGCUGGUGAACAAUGCUGCGGCGGUACCGCGGCUGGGGAUCAGAGGGUAUGAAUGGUGGUCGGAGGCUCUUCAUGGCGUCUCAAAUGUGGGUCCCGGAACUAAGUUCGGUGGGAACUUCCCUGGGGCCACUAGCUUCCCUCAGGUUAUCACCACCGCUGCUUCUUUCAAUGCAUCCUUGUGGGAAGCAAUCGGACGGGUUGUGUCAGACGAGGCAAGAGCAAUGUACAAUUGGGGUGCGGCCGGGCUCACGUAUUGGAGCCCAAACGUCAACGUUUUCAGAGACCCAAGGUGGGGCCGUGGACAGGAGACUCCCGGUGAAGACCCCGUGGUAGUCGGUACAUAUGCUGCCAGCUACGUGAGAGGCCUACAGGGAAACGACGGUAACCGGUUGAAGGUUGCGGCUUGUUGCAAGCACUUUACGGCAUAUGAUCUGGACAACUGGAACGGGGUUGAUAGGUUUCACUUCAACGCUAAGGUUAGCAAGCAGGACAUUGAGGACACAUUCGAUGUUCCAUUCAAAAUGUGUGUGAAGGAGGGGAAAGUGGCCAGUGUCAUGUGCUCCUACAAUCAGGUCAAUGGUGUGCCCACCUGUGCAGACCCUAAUCUCCUGCGUAAAACUGUACGUGGGGUUUGGCGACUUGACGGGUACAUUGUCUCAGAUUGUGAUUCUGUCGGGGUUUACUAUGAUCAGCAACACUAUACAUCAACAGCAGAAGAAGCAGCGGCUGAUGCCAUCAAAGCAGGAUUGGAUUUGGACUGCGGGCCAUUCCUAGCUGUACACACUGAGGACGCAGUAAAAAGGGGCCUGUUGAAGGAGAUCGACGUCAAUGGCGCUUUAACCAACACACUCAAUAUCCAAAUGAGGCUUGGGAUGUUUGACGGUGAGCCGUCCACGCAGGCGUUUGGAAACCUUGGCCCAAAAGAUGUGUGCACCCCAGCUCACCAAGACCUCGCCCUUGAAGCCGCCAAGCAAGGCAUUGUUCUUCUCAAGAAUCGUGGCCCUUCACUGCCUCUCUCCGCUCGCCGUCACCUUACCGUCGCUGUCGUUGGGCCCAAUUCCAAUGUCACAGACACUAUGAUUGGAAACUAUGCGGGUGUUGCAUGCGGAUACACAAGUCCCCUACAAGGAAUUGGGAGAUAUGCGAGGACAAUUCACCAACAGGGGUGCGCCGACGUAGCUUGUGCCAAGGACCAGCUCUUUGGUGCGGCGGUUGAUGCUGCCCGUGGGGCAGAUGCGACCGUUUUAGUGGUGGGGCUUGACCAAUCAAUUGAGGCAGAGUUCAGGGACAGGGCGGGGCUCCUUUUACCAGGGCGCCAACAGGAGCUUGUGUCUAAGGUAGCUGCAGCCUCCAAGGGUCCAACCAUCUUGGUCUUGAUGUCUGGUGGCCCUAUUGAUGUGGCUUUUGCUCAGAACGAUCCACGCAUUUCCGCCAUCUUAUGGGCCGGUUACCCUGGCCAAGCUGGCGGAGCUGCCAUUGCCGAUAUCUUGUUUGGAACAUAUAACCCAGGGGGCAAGUUGCCGAUGACAUGGUACCCACAAGAGUACCUUACAAAUUUGCCUAUGACAGCCAUGGCAAUGAGACCAAGCAAAUCAAACGGCUACCCUGGAAGAAGCUACAGAUUUUACACAGGUCCGGUGGUGUACCCAUUUGGGCACGGGUUGAGCUACACCAAAUUUGUUCACACCGUAGCCACAGCUCCCGCCGUGGUAGCCAUCCCUCUCGAUGGCCGCAAUGCUCGUGGAAACACAACCAUCUCCGGCAAGGCAAUCAGGGUCACACACGCAAAAUGUAACAGCAUCUCUCUAGGGAUCGAUCUGGAUGUCAAAAAUAUAGGCUCCAUGGAUGGCUCUCACACUCUGCUGAUAUAUUCCACCCCGCCGGCCGGCCAUUGGGGUCCGCACAAACAACUGGUCGCCUUCGAGAAAAUCUAUGUCCCUGCCAGGGCUCAGCAGCGAGUCCGAAUCAAUAUUCACGUGUGCAAGUUCCUCAGCGUGGUGGACAGGUCUGGAAUUCGCAGAAUUCCAAUGGGUGAACACAGUCUUCAUAUUGGCGAUCAUAUCCAGCACUCUGUUUCCCUUCGAGCGGCAACAUUUGGAGAGAUCAAGUCUUGAAUUUCACCGAUAAAUACUACUUUUCGUCAUUAUUUUCAAGAAUUAUAGCAGCAAGUAUUGUAAGCUACACACAUUCAAGGAAAUAAUGGUGUCUACCAGGAGGAAGAAGAUACAAAAAACAGAGCGCAAGCCCAAAGAUUUUAAUUUUCAUUUUGAAAUUGAACAUUCGAACCUGAUUGUAAAAAUUGUACUACUAUUUGUAAUCUUUUUUGAGCCAACUUAGUGCAUAAAUCAUAGUUAUGAAA